GUUUUGCUUCGAGUUGGUGCACUUGUCCGUCGCUAGAUGUCAGGUGCUCCUCGGACCGUCUAGCAUCGCAGGCGCCAGUUUACCAGGGUUUGACUUGGUGGACUGCGAUCCCAACUUAAGUUAUUCUGUGUGUGAUGUGAAGCAGGCAGGUACGCCAAAAAUGUGCCUCUACCGGUAGCCUAGUGGCUACAAACUGACGGAAGGUCAUGAGUUUUUGAAUACAUUGACGGAGUGAAUUGAAAUGGCUAAAAGAAAUGUCGCAUUUGUGAAGCCGCCUGAGCCAGAAUUUCUCAAGAAGUUCAAGGAGAAAUCUGGUUACAAGGAAGGACCCGAUAUAAAUACGAAAAGGCAAGCCUUGGAAGCUGCACUUGAUCAAGCAGCUGAGGAUAAGGAAGAUGAGCAACCUCAAAUUGUUGUUUUGAAGCCUGGUGAUCUAUCAAAGGAAGAGGUAGAGGGCCUGAAAGUUGAAGAAAAGGAAGAGGAGAAAGGUGGAGAUGCCGUCGAACCUGCUCGGAUUGUGUUUAAGAAGCCUGAAAAGCGGAAGUCUGAAGUACUCAAUACGAUCUCAUCAUCCAAGAAAGAUAAGGACGAGGAUUGCAGUACAGGAGAGGGUGAUUCGGGGCGCGAUAAAAAGCGCGCGAAGGAUGCCUCGGAAAAGCGCAAGACCAAGAAUGCGAGGCUCCUUUCCUUUCAAGACGACGACGACGACGAUUGAACGCGUCCAAGCAAGUUUUCAUUUGCUGUUUUUCCCGUGUCAGUAACGAUGGGCAUGGGCAAAGUUCUGCGUGACGGUUUGAUUGUUUUGCGUGCUUGUUCAUUUCGCUUCGUGUCCAAUAAAAUGAUGGAAUUGUAUUAA